AUGUUCUGGAAUAAAUCAAGCACGAGUUCGACGGUUGAACGAGCACCCGAGGAAGCGAACAACAAGAACGAAGAAGGGAGGGAACAAGAAACAGGAGAACCAUCAUCACGAAGAGCGAAGGAACUAGACUCGAAGAUCUCGCGAGAAGUGUUAUUCCAGCGGGCGAAUUCGCAGAUCUCGGGGAACGAGCCGCUCUCAUGUAUGAAAAGCUUCGACAAAUUACUCGGCUGUUAUUCGGUCUCCAACCAAAUCAAAGCGAUCUAUCGUUUCGGAAACCUCGACUACGAGCGAUGUAACCAUUCUUUCCGUGACCUCAAGUUCUGUCUCAAUCUGAAAUAUAACUUCGAUAAUUCCGAUCCUCAAGAUGACCAGCAAAGCUUUCAAUGGAAUCUCAGGAAGGCCGAGAAGGUCUUCGAAGCUCCCAAUAGUCAGGACGUCUGGGAAGCUAGAGCUAUCAAACCAUUGGACCCAACGCUAUUGAAAUAA